AUGGUUGACUCUCAACCUUUGGCUGCCAUGCUAAUGCCAUCACAGGGCUCUGCCCAGAGUCCACCACCACUGCAGCCACCACCAGCAGUCACGAUCCACUUUUCCAAAGGAGCCACCGUGCCAGCACAUAACUUGAAAUCAACCAUCGUGGCUUGCACGGGUACCCCCUAUGUGUUUCUCUAUGGAGGGUUCGACGAAAAUGACGCAUUGGACAGCAAUGUUUACCUCUUAAACACCCAGAAGAUGGAAUGGGAGGUCGACAACACCGCCGAUGGGUUGUAUCGAGAGGGACAUCUGGCAGCGUAUAUAAACAAUGGCAACAUUUUGGUCUUUGGAGGACUCCCAUUUGACGAUGAAAUUACUAAUGAGUCACGAGCGCGGACUAGAGCCCACGAUCAACGAUUCGGCAAUACCACGUCAACCUCGGGGCAGAUUCGCCGCGAUAGCUUGAUGUUGGUUUACAACAUCUUUGAACGGAAAUGGAUUGGACCGCCGGAGUUUGCGUUGGAAAAUGCGCCUAGCUCACGCUCACGGCACGCGUGUUGCUUAACACCAGAUGGAUCGAAAUUGUUCAUUAGUGGCGGGCUAGUCCGAUCAACCCCUUUGAGCGAUUUGUACUGCUACGAUUUGACUAGUGGGAAAUGGACCGGUCCCAUUGAAUUUGUCCCUCGAUUCGACCACAAGAUGAUUUAUUAUAACGAGCGCAUCUACUUGUUUGGCGGGUUGGAUGGAGAUAUGAACCACGUCAAAUCGAUUACGUAUUACUCGUUGAAAAACCAAACCUUGGGCGAAUUGAACCUUACCAAUUUCAUUGCCAACAAUUUCUCCACGCUCUACUUUGACUUGCACAUUUUGGAAAGCAAGAUCAACCCCAGCCAGAGCAUUUUCUUGAACUUGCCCACUUGGCAUUCCAACGGUGGAAUCGAUAUUGCCAGCUUCAGCUUGCUUGAUUUCGAAACGCAAGUAUUGUUUGAAAACUUGAAUGUCACCGAAAACUUGGCGCUGGAGCAAAAUGCAAGAUUCACGUGGACGGCUGCUGUGGUCAAUGACCAAGGUAAGCUCUAUCUCUUGGGUAACAAGCGGACCCACUUGGCUCACGUAUUUGGAGCACUAAUCGCGGGAGAACAAACGGAAAAUGAUACAAUUGCCGAGGAAGAACCUACCGAGGAAGACGAAGAGAUACGGGCGCAAAACACCCAGUUGAACCAUGUUUUAGAAAUAGACUUAGCUGCGUUUGGCAUUGUUGCCAAAAAACUCGAAAACCGACUAUCGCUAGAUUUCGAGCAACUUUUCGAACAUGGUGAAUUUUUCGACUUCCAAAUUGAAACGUUGCUUACUGAACAUGACCGGCAGAAUUACGAAAACCAAGCAGCAUAUGAACUGAAGAUUAUACCGGUGCACAAGUCGAUCUUGGUGGCGAGAUGGCCCCAUUUCCAUCGCAUGAUAACCUCGGGGAUGGAUGAAACCAUAAAUGAUAAAGUCUUGAUCCCAGAUCCGUAUCUUCGAGUCAGAGCCAUGCUCUAUUUCCUCUACACGGGGAGACUUGAAGAUAACAGCACCUUUAAGCUUUUGGACUAUUCAGGGUUGCUAAUCUUGGCCAACUUGUACGAGCUACCUGAGCUCAAAGUGUUGGUUCUUCAAAAAUUGUUUGUGCUUUUCAACGAGUUGAAGAUACAAUUAGCAAACGCCGAAGAGGAAGCAAUUUCGAUCUUGAUUCAGUUUUGGAAAGACUUGACUAUGGCCAACGAUUCGAUCCUUUUGCAAAAAGUAAUUGCUGAAAUUAGAAAAAAAUGGGGGGCAAUCACUCGAUCAAAAGCGUUUACCCAGCAUCUAUCAAAAGAAGAUUUGAUCAAGCUAUGUCAAGACUCGACGACUCAACUCCACCUGGAUCGCAGCGGCACACAGUCGAGUCUCACCACGCAAGCUUCUCAAAGUCGGUUCACUUCAAUAUUCAACGCGAAAGCUCGCACUAGCCCCAGCCAAAACUCGUUGAAUUCGUUCGAUCUUACUGCGACGCCCGAUACGCCUGCUCGAAAUACCAACUCGCCGUUUGUGAUUGAUGCCCCGGCAAAUAAUCCAUCGCCAUCACAAAAUUCAGUAAACUAG